AUGGACUGGUCCCAACUUCUAAGUGAACUCCUGGAGCUCAUCCUUGAUCAACUCACUUGUCUCUCCGACCAUCUUCGUCUUGCUUCAGUAUGCUCCUCAUGGCGAUCAAUAACAAUUAGUAAUCGUUGUUCCCAUCGUUUACUUCCAUUUCUGAUGCUUCCUCCUGGCGAUAAUAGCACUGAGACUCGACCCUUCUUCAAUCUUUCAAGUUGCAAGAUUAGUGAGCUCCACAUCCCGAAUAUUCAUCAAAAGUGGUGUUGUGGAUCUUCUCAUGGCUGGCUAGUUACAGUGGAUGAGUCCAUAGGAGAGAUUCAGCUAUUCAAUCCAGUCUCUGGAGGCAGUAUCGUGCUUCCUUCUCUUUCCACAUUCUCCUAUCCUCAACACAACUUCGAGCCUGAAUUUUCAAGCAAUAAGCAUUACAUCCACAAGGCAAUUCUGUCUUCUAACCCUCAUAGAACAUCAAACUAUGUCGUAGUGGCUAUUGUCACUAAUACGAAGAUGUUGGCUUACUGGAAGCCAGGAGCUGAUAGGUGGACUACUAUAAGAUCAAAAAAAUGGGUUCAUUUUGAAGAUUUUAUAUACCACAAGGGACUACUCUAUGCCGUAAGCAACAAUGGACCUGUUGUAACUUAUGAUUUUAGUUCUGAACCUCCAAUUGCCAGGGAAAUCAUUGGUCGACCACCAGAAGGAAGAACAUGUGACUUGUAUUAUUUGGUGGAAUCAUUAGGGGAACUAUUGCUAGUUUUAAGACACUACAAAUGGCUUGCAUUAGACUAUGAUGAUUAUGAUGUCAUUCGUUUCAAAACUAUGAAGUUCCAAGUUCGCAAAUUAGACGAGAGCAAGCGAAAGUGGAUCCAAAUGGAAAGCAUCGGCGAUCGCAUUUUAUUUUUGGGAAAUAGCUACUCAAUUUCACUCCCUGCCCAAGAAUUUCCAGAGUGCAGGGGGAAUUCUAUCUAUUUUAAUGACGACUACGAUUAUGGACCCUAUGAACCACCAUCAAAAGGUUACCAUGACAUAGGGGUAUUCAACUUUGAGAGUCACCAUGUAGAGCCGUUUCUUGAGUUGCCCCCUCCUAUUCUGAGAAGUCCUACCUUUUGGUUUACACCAGAAUCAGUUGGAAGUACGUCCAUCAACUUCAUAUUUAAACUAUUUGAUAUUGAUUAA